ACGGACAAGCAAGGACAGCAGUUUGGAUCAGCUUGCUACCUCCAACAGUUUCAUAAACUGAACGCUUUCGUCAAGGUAAGAAGAAACACAGCUUGACAAUGUCUACAUUUGAGACACAGGACCAGUCUCCACCACGUUGUGGCCCUCAAUUUCCGAGCCUCGGCCAGGAGCCUCCUGAACUCAGCUUGUACAGUGACUGUUACUACCCUCCGCCAUCACUACCAAGUCCUCAGCGUACCACGCCGACAUCAUACGAGCUGAGCGACUUCAGCACUGCCUCCGCUAACCCUUACCUUUGGUUCAACGGCUCUGGGAUCAACACACCAUCAUACCUGACCACCAACGGGCCACCAGGCAACCCCGGCCCUCCCUUUGUCCCGCAGCACUACGGCAUGCAGAGGCCUUACCUCGGUGCUGCAGGUGCUGGAGGCCCAGGAGGGGAGUUGAGCUGGUUUUCCCUGCCUUCACAAGAGGACUUGAUGAAGCUGGUCAGACCCCCUUAUUCUUACUCCGCUCUCAUCGCCAUGGCUAUCCACGGAGCACCAGACCGCAGGCUGACCCUGAGUCAGAUAUACCAAUACGUCGCAGACAACUUCCCUUUCUACAACAAGAGUAAAGCAGGCUGGCAAAAUUCCAUCAGACACAACCUGUCACUCAAUGACUGCUUCAAAAAAGUACCAAGAGAUGAAGACGAUCCAGGCAAGGGCAACUACUGGACACUCGACCCAAACUGUGAAAAGAUGUUUGACAAUGGAAACUUCCGUCGCAAAAGGAAGAGAAAGUCAGACUCCCUUUCUGGUGUCGAAGGUGGUUCAGGGGCCACUGAGUCAGGUGAGAGUGACAGGGGAAGUCCCAAACUCUCUGCCACCUCAGCCCUUAACAUCUCCCCAACACCGGACAGAAUCCCUUCUCCGUCAUCGUCUGGUGCUACACCUUGUCUAAGCAGCUUCCUAUCCGAGAUGUCCGGAGUGACUGCUGGAUCUGCCAAUGAUGUGGGAGGUGAUGGCUUGAUCCGACCCCUGCAGGUCAACCUCCCCAUGGAUGGGCCUCACAGGCUUCCACAGCCUGGAAGUUUUAGUAGCUACUCCCCAAACUCAGCUGGCCGAGAAUGGCUUCCACAGGUGCAAGCUUCCCCUGUGCUCUCCUCUUCACCCACCCACUCUUCACUGGGGUACUCAAGUCCAAUCCUGAGCCAGUACAGUGGGUCCAGCGGACACUUCUACCCCCCGCUGGGCUCAACGGGAAUCAUCUAUCACCGCGAGGGCACUGAGGUUUAACAUAAGGGGAGGGACAACUGGUCGUACUUUCUUUUGCAGUAGAGAUCCAAUGUUGUUUUGAGAUGCAAAACAGCCUUAGCAUGUUUGCGCUGACUGAGACAGUUGGUCACAAGAGCGUGUGACAGCAGACGAGCACACCUUGAUUCCCACAGGAACAGCCGAGUCAGCAGCGGAGGGCUGAAACUGUCUGAGAAUACCAACUCCGAUGUCAGCUUUUUAUCCCAACCAAACGCUGGUGUCUAUCAGAGCUGACUCAAUCCUAACUGAUCUGAUCUGCUGACAUCAGUCUGUUCCACACAACUGUCUGUGAUUCUUUGAUGGUUAUCACACAAACACAACGUAGGCAGCACAUUUAGAGGGGUGCUUCAUUACACAUUUGUCUACAUCUUGUGUUGCUUCUGCUUUUAUAAAAACAUGUUUUUCUGUAAGAAUCUUAUGAAGUUACAAGAGUCUUGUUGAAUGUGUCUUGCAAUGUUAAUCAUUUAUGUUACUGGUCUGUUUGUACACCUGUUAAUAUUCAUAAUGUAAGGUAAUGCCAUGUUGUGUUUUUGAUAUUAAUAAAAUGCU